AUGAACUUGGGGUUAGUGUGCGGAGAUGCAGAGUUCAAACGACCCAUCUGGCUUCUCAUCACCGUCAUCAGUCUCUGUCCAGUCUCCCAUCCCGCCUCGGACAAUCACAGGCCCACCGCCGCCAUGAUCCAUCACUGUGGAAACAUCGGGCCAGUAAUUGUUCCACGGGCCAGGAAGACCCUGCCUCACCCAGACCCACCAUAUCUGCUGGUAUUUCACUUUAGGGGUGAAAUGGGCGUCCAGGGAGAGGCGGGAGGGGGUGGGGGAGUCAUGGUCAAGACUAAGAUGUGA